AAAGCUACACACAAAGAUUUGAACCGAUCUGCUGAAACGCAGAGGCACAGCACUGCUGUUUCACUUUCUGAACACUGACAGAUAUUUGCCACCAGCUCGCUGGCUGCAGCCGUGAGAGGCAACGUCAUAGCCCAGGAGCUGGGUUUUGUGUACGCUGCAGACUCAGAAGGGAAACACCUGAUCAAGUGAGAAUGCCAAGCGUUUACUCAGUGGGAUGUAUCUGAGCAACCCAAACACUCUGCGUGUGUGUUGGUAACGCACCUGGCAGAGAGGAAAGCUGAUGGAGGGCCUUGAUCCACCAAAAACCUCAGAGGUUGCCCGUGGAGCGUGCAACAAAUCGUCAGUGAUCGUCUCUGUUCAACCAGCCACGGUUCUGGUGGGACAAUGGAUGCAGCCGCCUCUUUCAGAUGUGCCUCUACAGGCCCCGAUCCACUCCGGAGGUACCUUACAGAGCACGAUCCGAAGCAUGAAGGGAAGAAGAAACUCAAGAUCUCAGGCAGAGAGCUGGUGUCGGUUCCUGCGCAGGUCUUUGGCUUGGACCAGCUGCAGGUCCUGGAGAUGAGCCCAGAACGAGAGAGCUGCCUGACGUACCGCAUGGAGCUGCUCCCCCAAGAGAUCAGCCGCCUGAGGAACCUAACCUGCCUCUACGUGGACUCCAACAACUUGAAGAAAAUCCCUGCCGAAAUCGGCACUUUGAGUCACUUGGAGAGGCUCGCUCUGAGCAACAACAGCUUGAGCUCGCUGCCCCCAGAAAUGGGGGCACUGCAAAGGCUGCACAGCCUCCACCUGGCCAACAACAGCCUCACCGAGCUGCCUGCACCCCUCUGCCAGCUGAGGAGCCUCACCUUUCUGGAUGUGAGUGACAACAAAAUAGGCACAAUCCCCUCCAGCAUUCGGCAUCUGGAGAAACUGGAAACAUUGCUAUUGCUCUUCAAUUCACUGGAGAGCCUGCCUGAGGAGGUCUGUCUUUUAAGGAAACUGCGCACCCUUUGGUUGGGAAACAACCAUCUAUGGUCCCUUCCAGCAACCUUUGGGGAACUGGUGAACCUGGACUGGGGAUACAACUACUGUUCGUGCAAUUUUGAGGGGAAUCCACUGGAAUGUCCUCCCCCUGAAGUCUGCAGCAGAGGCCCUGAAGAGAUCAGAGACUAUUUCUUGUCAUUUCAUAAGACUCAGAGAAACUAGACAACCGCUGUCAGUCCU